UUGAUCGAAAGAUCCUGAUCAAUCGGAUAAAAUUCUUCGCAAGAUACAAAUUAUACAUCGAUAAAGAUAUCAUGAAUCCGGUAAGAUUUUUUUCAAUUUUGUAAAACGAGUCUGCCUCAAGAGUUGCGAUUAUUAAUGGAAAGCAUAUAAAAGAUAUGGUAAGUUUAUGUGUUAAAUUUUGAAAGGAUUGAGUUGCUCUUGACUUUCUUGCGCUUUAUGAAUUAUUUCAGGAAACUAUGGAGUUAUACAAGAGACUGCCCGCGAACGGAUACAAAGACACCCUGGGAUAUCAUCGCGGCGAUUUUUGCUCCAAUUGCGGGCAAAACGAAUACGAGGACGCGUUGCGUGGCAUCGCGACACGAAGAAGAAGAACGAGAAGAUACGAGAAGCAUUGUCCCUCGUGUCACUGUCCUGUCGAGAGGCGAAGAUUAUCUCCGUCCGGUGGACCAAGGACUUUGGAAAAUGUCGAGGCUACGCUGAAUCGAUACGAACGUGUCUUUGCGGAGCCGGUCAGCUCGGCCAUCAAGAAGUCGCAGAGCAGUCCUCUGUCGCAAAAGAUAUACUGGCACGAUUGCCAGACUGGUGUGCAUCCUCGUUGCCCCAGAAGAUCGCUGCAGCAAGCUCGUCGUCAACGGAGAAUUGAACACGAUAGAUAUUUAGGUAGAAUAAAGGGGGAUGUUCCGAUGAAUUCCGAACUGAUCAACGAAGAUGAAGCCUACUCCAAAUACGCGCAAUUAGUACCAAUCAAGAACUUGAAGAAGCAUAAUCACUGCAGAGAACCCGAGGGAUCGCCGGACGAGCAGGAAUAUUCCGAUGCCGAAAGCGAGGUAUCGGCGAAAUACGCUCCAUCCGUUCGCCAACCGAGGAAAAGAGAAGAGAAGGAACCGCGCGUAAUAAAUCGACAUCUCGCAUUGAAGUGUCAUCAAGGUGUAAGCGGGGACGGUGAAUACAUCUCGGAGAUGAGGAACCUGGAGAGUGACGUCGACUGCCGGCGAAACACACGCGAGUAUCAGGAAGCGAGGAAGCUUGUUCUGGAACUUGAGGAGCUGGAGAGGCUGAAGAUGAGGGCAGACGAGGAAGCGACAGCAAUGACGAGGGUAAACGAGGACGAUAAGAGGCUCGAUAGACGCAGGCACGAUGUUAUCGCGAGGACGAUGAAACAGAAGAGAUCUGCAGGCGAUGCUACUACGAUUACCGAUCCAUCCGCCCUGAUUAAGGAGUCAAUUGAUGGAUCCGCGAAGAAACUUAACGGGCCGACACAUUUAGCGAAGUUGGAUCUCCACGCCACCAAGACUCGCAUUCUGGAAUCAAUCGAUCAUAUGCUCGGUACCAUGGACAAUGCAAAAAACGAUACACCAAUACAACAAGAAGAUACAGAACAAGAGACCAUCGAGAAAAUAAGUCGUGAACUCCAGGAGAACGGCUGGCAAUUACUGUUCAACGCUUUGACGAUACAUAAAAACUCGACGGAUUCCAGUAAAAGGACCGUUCGUCUGGAAUGUUUGAAUCAUAUUCGACAACAACUCGACAAACUCUAUGCCCUCGAGUCGACUUUGGACAAUUGCCCGCUUAAAUUGCAGUCUCUAUCAAACAACGAUAUAUUGUGUAACGAAGAACAUCAACAGACUCAACAAUUGGAGCACAAAAUUGCGGAUUCUUGAGCUUGCUCUUAUGACUGGGUUUUCGUCUUCUCUCUUUUUGAAACUGACAAAGAACUAUGAUAAAUUUUAAAGAUCCAUACGUGGAUUUCAUCAAAAUACACACAUAUGUUCAUAAGUAUCGCGAAUGUUUCACGAAUGAAUCAAAGUACAGUUAUACGAACUAAUUGCAAAUAUGUUAAAAAUGCAGAUUGUCAAAGUAUACAUUAUUGAAAUUCCUGCACGCAUCGUGUGCGAAUCAAUAUUUAAGAUAAACAUAUGUGCAAUUUUAUAGAAUAUAAAUAUUAU